CCGAGCUCGGUCAGCGAGAAGAGGGAGCCAGGGUGCGGCCUGGGGGACGUCAGUGGACUGGAGCCGCGGAGCUUCGAGCGAGAAACUUUGCGGGCGCCGCGGCCGGGAUUCGGUGGCGGCUCCAGCUCACCCCAGCAGGUGCGGGAGGAAGAGGCGGCGCCGGAGUCCCGAGGCCGGAGUGCCUCGGCGGCGGCGGCGGCCGCUUCUUUCCCCCGAGCUGGCCUGAAGUCGCUGGGCACUCCCGGUUUCUGCUGCUGCGCCCGCCGCCGCCGCCACCGCCACCGCCACCGCGGGGCCCCGGGAGGAGGCGCAGCGGGAGAGGGCGGAGGAGAAGCAGGAGGAGGAGGAGGAGGAGGAGGAAGAGGGGAGAGGAGGAGCAGGGGGUGGAGGAUGGAGACCGGGGCUGCCGCGGCGGGCGAGCCGGCGGCGGCGUCCUCCUCCUUCCAGGCCCGGCUCUGGAAGAACCUGCAGCUGGGAGUGGGCAGGAGCAAGGUCGGCGGAGGCGGAGGCGGGAGCGGGCGCGCAGGGGGUCCGGAGCGUCGCACUGCAGACACCCCGUCGCCCUCCCCGCCACCCCCGGGGGGCACGCGGGGCGCACCGGCCGGCGGGAGUGGUGCAGGCAGCAGGUGGAGCGGCUUCAAGAAGCGGAAGCAAGUGCUGGACCGAGUCUUCUCCUCCUCGCAGCCCAACUUGUGCUGCUCCUCGCCGGAGCCCCUAGAGCCAGGCAGCGCCGCCGGCAGAGCCGAGCAGGGGUUCACGCUGCGCCGCCGGAUCCGCGAGCAUUUGCUCCCCGCCGGAAAGGGGCCGGUGGCGGCGGUAGGAGCAGCGGGAGGGACGCCUCCUGGCGGACGCUCCCCCGACUCGGCUCCCUCCUCUUCCUCCGCCUCAUCCUCCUUGUCCUCCUCGCCCCAGCCGCCGCCGAGGGGGGACCGCGCCCGAGAUGAGGGUGAACGGCGUCGGGGCCCCGGGGCGCAUUUGUGUCAUCAGAAGAGCUCCUCUCUGCCGGGCACCGCCUGCCUGGAGCAGCUGCUGGAACCGCCGCCGCCUCCGGCAGAGCCAGCGCGGAGCCCCGCGGAAUCUCGGACCCCGGAGACAGGCGAGGAGCGCGGCAGCAGCCAGAAAAUAAACACUGCUGGAACCAGUAAUGCAGAAGUCCCCUUGGCUGAUCCCGGAAUGUACCAGUUGGACAUUACAUUAAGAAAGGGUCAAAGUUUAGCUGCCCGAGAUCGAGGAGGGACAAGUGAUCCAUAUGUGAAGUUCAAAAUUGGAAGAAAGGAAGUUUUUAGAAGUAAGAUAAUACACAAGAACCUCAACCCUGUGUGGGAAGAAAAAGCCUGCAUUCUGGUUGAUCAUCUUAGGGAGCCAUUGUAUAUAAAGGUAUUUGACUAUGAUUUUGGACUACAGGAUGACUUUAUGGGCUCAGCCUUUCUGGAUCUGGCACAACUGGAGUUAAACAGGCCCACCGAUGUGACCCUCACUCUGAAAGAUCCUCAUUAUCCUGACCAUGAUCUUGGAAUCAUUUUGCUCUCAGUCAUCCUUACCCCUAAAGAAGGAGAGUCUAGGGAUGUGACAAUGCUAAUGAGGAAGAGUUGGAAAAGAUCAAGUAAGGAACUUUCAGAAAAUGAAGUGGUUGGAUCUUAUUUCUCUGUGAAGUCUCUCUUUUGGAGGACGUGCAGCAGGCCAGUUCUUCCUGUCCUGGGCUUCUGCAGAGCAGAGCUUCAGAGUUCUUAUUGCCAAAAUGCACAAUUUCAGACCCAAAGUUUACGCCUAUCAGACCUACACAGAAAAUCACAUCUUUGGAGAGGAAUAGUCAGCAUCACCUUGAUUGAAGGGAGAGACCUCAAGGCCAUGGAUUCCAAUGGGUUGAGUGACCCCUACGUGAAGUUCCGGCUUGGGCAUCAGAAGUACAAGAGCAAGAUUAUGCCAAAAACAUUGAAUCCUCAGUGGAGGGAACAAUUUGAUUUUCACCUUUAUGAAGAAAGAGGAGGAAUCAUUGAUAUCACUGCAUGGGACAAAGAUGCUGGGAAAAGGGAUGAUUUUAUUGGCAGGUGCCAGGUCGACCUGUCAGCCCUCAGUAGGGAACAGACGCACAAGUUGGAGUUGCAGCUGGAAGAGGGUGAGGGACACCUGGUGCUGCUGGUCACUCUGACAGCAUCAGCCACAGUCAGCAUCUCUGACCUCUCCGUCAACUCCCUGGAGGACCAGAAGGAACGAGAGGAGAUAUUAAAGAGAUAUAGCCCAUUGAGGAUAUUUCACAACCUGAAAGAUGUGGGAUUUCUCCAGGUGAAAGUCAUCAGAGCGGAAGGGUUGAUGGCUGCUGACGUCACUGGAAAAAGCGACCCAUUUUGUGUGGUAGAACUGAACAACGAUAGACUGUUAACACAUACUGUCUACAAAAAUCUCAAUCCUGAGUGGAACAAAGUCUUCACCUUCAACAUUAAAGAUAUCCAUUCAGUUCUUGAAGUGACAGUUUAUGAUGAAGAUCGGGACCGAAGUGCUGACUUUCUGGGCAAAGUUGCUAUACCAUUGCUGUCUAUUCAAAAUGGUGAACAGAAAGCCUACGUCUUGAAAAACAAGCAGCUGACAGGGCCAACAAAGGGGGUCAUCUAUCUUGAAAUAGAUGUGAUUUUUAAUGCUGUGAAAGCCAGCUUACGAACAUUAAUACCCAAAGAACAGAAGUACAUUGAAGAGGAAAACAGACUCUCUAAACAGCUGCUACUAAGAAACUUUAUCAGAAUGAAGCGUUGUGUUAUGGUGCUGGUAAAUGCUGCAUACUACGUUAAUAGUUGCUUUGAUUGGGAUUCACCCCCAAGGAGUCUCGCUGCUUUUGUGCUCUUUCUCUUUGUUGUCUGGAACUUUGAGCUGUACAUGAUACCACUGGUUUUGUUGUUACUAUUGACAUGGAACUACUUCCUGAUAAUAUCAGGGAAAGAUAACAGGCAACGUGAUACAGUAGUGGAGGACAUGCUAGAGGACGAGGAAGAAGAAGAUGACAAAGAUGACAAGGACAGUGAAAAAAAGGGAUUUAUAAAUAAAAUCUACGCCAUCCAGGAGGUAUGUGUCAGUGUCCAGAACAUCCUAGAUGAAGUGGCUUCCUUUGGCGAAAGGAUAAAGAAUACUUUCAACUGGACUGUCCCAUUCUUAAGCUGGCUGGCCAUUGUAGCCCUCUGUGUGUUCACAGUCAUCCUGUACUGCAUUCCGCUGAGAUACAUUGUCCUUGUCUGGGGAAUCAAUAAAUUUACAAAAAAGCUUCGGAGUCCAUAUGCAAUUGAUAACAAUGAACUACUUGACUUCCUUUCCAGAGUCCCUUCAGAUGUACAAGUGGUGCAGUACCAAGAAUUGAAACCAGAUCCUUCUCACAGCCCAUAUAAAAGAAAGAAAAACAAUCUUGGCUAGCCAGCUCCCAGCACUGAGGAGACCAGCAUCUGUUUGGGAAGAUAAAAGAAAAAGCCCUCAGCCUCAGCAGCAUUUCCUUUCUUACUGCUUUUUAUUUAUUUUGCCUUUUUAUCAUGAUGGAGAGAAUUUGUAAAUAGUGUAUAAAGGCAUAUGUCUUUGAAAAUAUAGUUCUAUUGUACAGACUCAACUUGAUAAAGGUUUUGCUACUGCUGUGUGAAAGCCUUGUUAGCUGUGGAUAAUAAUAUAACACAUUGAAAGAACAAAUAUAAGAAUGAUGAUAACAUUGGAAGAUAUACACUUACCUAAUUACAAGUGGAUUAAAUACCUGUGCUCUGAUUAAAUCGACACCAAUUGUAAAUGUCAAUUUGAUUUUAAAGUUUUUUUUUUAAUGUGACUAUUUUUUAUCUCAAAAGUAAUCCAUUACUCUUUUCUAUGUUUUAUACAUUUCAAAAGGUAGGGAAAUCCCAAAGCCUGAAUAAUGGAAUAGAUGCAUUUCAAUUUAACAUAUAUUCUGGUUUUAGAUCCUGACAUUCGCUCCUGUGCAAAUUACUUAGGUAUGACUAAGCUGAUUUUAAGCUAAUAAGUGAAGGUACAUUCACUCCCUCAAAAGAAUCUUCAAUACUCUGCAAUUCUAUAAAGAAAACUUUCAAACCUUCUAACAAUCAUUCCAUUUUAAACCUUAAAAUCUCUACAGGACUACACCACAUAAAUACUGCCAGUUUAUAACAAUUGCCUAUCUGAAUUUUUAUACCUACCACUAAUUUAAUUUAUACAGAGUUAGCAAAUUAGCAACCCAGUAUAGUUAUCAAAAAUACUAGCAAACUAUAUUCAUAUCGCUUUUGGUGUCAGAUUGUAUCUGUGCAUCUAAAAAUAUUUUAAUACUCAAGUGCUCUCAAAAAAAAACUCUGCUUUCUCAUUAGAUUACUGAAAUGCUUUAAUUCAUACUAUCAUUUUGUUAUUAGUGUGAAUUUUAAUGUAGAGGAGAAUGCAGUGUGCUAAGUGAUAGGCCAGUGUUUCACUACAUUUAUAAAAAAAAUUCUUGAUAAUGCAUGAAAACCUGUUUUGUAAAAUAAACUGCUUGGGGGUGGUGGUUGCCUUUAACAAUGUUUCACUAUUAUCAUAGAAUCUACACUUAAAAAUUGCAUUCCCAAGACUCGUAGUUUUUGUAUCUCACUCCUGGUAUAUUGAGGGAGCAUACCUCUGGAGAAAAAUAAUUUGGUUGGCUGAGAAUGUCUUACUUCCCUGACUUGGUAGGGGAUUACACUCAGUUGAAGUUGCAGCAGACAAUGCUUUGCACUACUUUAUUAAUAAUAGACUGGGAUGGGGUAAAAGUGAGGGUUAACCUGGAAAAGUUAUAGAAAAGCUGAAAAAUGUAUAUUUCACUCUAAAGGAAGAGUCUUUGACAAUAAAUUUAAUCUCAUUGAAGUUAUUUUUAAAGUAUUUUUAUUUUAGAGAUAAGUUGUUAAAUACUAUUUCUUAUAAUAGAACUAUUUUGAUCUGUUUAUAUACUAUGCUUGAAUGUCAAUUAAAUUCCCUUUCUACAGAAAGGCUUUGACCUCAACAUGCUCUAUUUAAUGUAUCAUGUUUAAAAUGACAUGCUUCCAUCUGCAUACCAUUACUGUUUGUUGCUAAAAACAAUGUUCCAUGAACUUGAUGUUACUACAGAAAGUUUAUUGAUCAGAUAACUGUUUGAAAUAACUUUCGAUUAUAUCUUAUGUGAGACUUACGUUCUAUGCUGGCAAUGUGUACUCAGAUGUCUCUAAGCCUGAUAUUCUACAACCUGAGAUGUAUCUAGCAGAUAGUAACCAUUAAUAGAUGACUAAUUUGUUUGUUUCACUGUAUCAAAUUUCAGAUGUUUAGUUCAAUGGUAAUGUUGACUACACAUUCACUGCAUUAAAUACAAAAGAAAAUAA